GCAGGGCGCAGAGGCAGAGCUAGCUAGUAGAAAUUUCGAAAAUCGACACAGGAGAGGUCGACGACGACGUCGUAUUUUUUUUUUUAAAAAAAAGGCUUGGAGUAUUUUUCGGAUUUGUAUAUAUACAACCGACAUCGAAGAGGAAGAGAGGCUGCUGCGGCGGCAUCCAUGGCGGCGCUGGCGGUAACGACGACGGCGACGACGAGCAGCAGGCAGGUGGAGGAGGCGCCGGCGGGGCGGAUGUCGUCCAUAGAGUGGGAGCCCAAGACGCUGACCCUCGACCAGAUCAAGUUCGCAAGGGAGGCGGCGCUGUACGUGGUGAGCACCAAGACGGAGGAGGAGGCGAUCCGCAUCUUCACCGAGGGCCUCAAGCCCGUGCAGAUGACGACGGCGACCGUCCGCAAGUCCAGCUCCAUCGACUCCUCGUCCGACGACGACGUCGAGCUCGGCUGCUGCUGCUGCUGCUCCUCCGCCGGCUCCAACAAAGGCUGUUGCGGCGGCGGGAGCAAAGGCGGCCGCCGUGGUCGACGGCGGCGCUCCAUGGACGACGACAGGGACGUCGCUACGGCGCCAUUCUAGUAGCUACCUAGUUGUUCUUUUUUUUCCACUUCUUAUUAUAGACGUAAGUAAAGCUAUUAGCUGCGUGCGUACUAGGAAUAGUCUAGAGUCUACCUGUGUGUGUGUGUGUUUUUUUUUACCUCGCCUGUUUUUACUUGGUUAUCCUUUGGCUGGCCUCUGGUUCGUUUGAAGGAGCAGCCGGCCAGCCGGCGAGUUUGGCCCAGCCUUUUAGCGCGGCGAAUUUUUGUGGCACAGGGCUCUCUUAAUUAGUACUCGUAGCUUAGGUACAAGAGAUAUGUAGAUACCUGCAGAAAGCUUAGUGUACAUUACAGCUUUUUAUUAUCUUCUCUCCAACUUUAGCACUCCAUGUUUGUCUA